UUUCCCCACUUUGACGGCGACGCCGCCUUGGGUAAUGCUUCGUCUCUCUCUCCGUUUGCUUUCGAUCUUCGGGGCCAGGUACGUUUCUUCUCCUUUUCGACCACGAUCUCAGGGGGAACAUAUGCGGUCUUGAUCAAGCAACGCAGGCAUCGACCUUGUUCUUGCGGCCGUCUGCGUAUUUUGGGGGUCAAUUCGGUGGGUUUCCGUCGAAUCCGGACGCUUGAGGGUCAGAUUGUGCGGAUUGGUGUCUCUCGUCUUGAAUAUGCGUUCGGAGAUUGGUUUUGAGGAGCCUGUGAUCGAUUGAAUGGUUCGCUGGUGGUGAUUGUAGAAUUAGGUUUUCGGUUAGGGCUAGGGUGGAAGAUCUUGGGGGUUUGAACGAAAAUUGAGAUAUUUUGGAGAAGGGCAUGUUGAUGGCUCCCGAUUCUUGAAUUGAGAAUCGAGUGAUGACCGUUCCUUUGGUAAAUUGGCAUGCCUAGAAUUAGAUUUUUGUCAUCAUUGGUGAUUUUAUUCCCUUUCCCCUUUUUUCAUAAUAGAAGUUGUUCGUCUUUUCGGAUGAUUUUUUUAUGCAUUCGUCGGUCUAAAGCUGCCCUGGUUUUUCUACCUUAGCAAGGGCCAACUGUUUAUUUGAUGGAUGAUGACCGCGCCAAUGGUUAGGUCUUCUUCCACCUCGCCUGGGGAGCUUGCACAGCGACUUCUUGAAAAGAACGUUGAAUUGGAGAAUGGGCUGCGAAGGUCCACAAAGUUAAAACUUCCUUCAGACCCUAAUGCUUGGCUGCAAAUGCGUGAAAACUAUGAGAUUAUAAUUCUUGAAGAUCAUGAUUUUUCCGAAAAGUAUGAUGUGGAGUUUGUCCUGUGGCAACUGCACUACAGAAGAAUUGAGGAGUUCAGGCAGCACAUUAACGCAGCAGCCUCGGCCGGAUCAAAUGCAACUUUUGGUGGGAAGGUUCUCGUCCGGCCUGAUAAAAUUAAGAAAAUCCGUUCAGUUUUUAAAAGCUUCUUAACAGAAGCUACUGGAUUUUACCAUGAUCUGAUAUUGAAGAUCAGUGUAAAAUAUGGCCUGCCUUUGAAUUACUUCAGUGAGGGCAUUGAGAAAGAAAUUGUUUUGGCAAAAGAUGAAAAGAAAUUGGCUGAGAUAAAGAAAGGGCUUAUGUCUUGUCAUCGUUGUCUGAUAUAUUUAGGGGACCUUGCUCGCUACAAAGAACUAUAUGGAGAGAGGGACUCCGUUAGUCGUGAUUAUGCAGCUGCUUCAACUUACUACUUGCAGUCUGCUUCUCUUUGUCCUUCGAGUGGUAAUCCACAUCAUCAGCUAGCAAUACUCGCUUCCUACUCAGGUGAUGACUUGUUGGCAGUCUACUGGUACUUCAGAAGUUUGGCAGUGGAAAUACCCUUUUCAACAGCACGAGAUAACUUGAUCAUCGCUUUUGAUAAGAAUCGUCAAGGUUACUCUCUGCUGUAUGGCAAUUUGAAAACUGCUCCAGGCAGACGACUGUCUUCGCAUUCAGCUGGGAGAGGUAGAGGAAGAUGGGAUGCAAAGUUUCUCCUAAAAGAUACCAAAAUUGAAGUGACUGCGACCAACGAGCAAGAGUUGACUAUGUCAGAAGUGUUUAAAGCCUUUUCGACUUGCUUUGUUCGUCUUAAUGGCAUCCUUUUCACACGGAUGAGCUUGGAAACUUUUGGAGAGGUAUUAUCAUCUGUGAUUAAUGAUCUAAAUGUGCUCCUUUCUUCUGGUCCUGAAGAGGAGCUUAAUUUUGGUCUGGGUGCUUCUGAAAAUGCAUUGAUCAUUUUGAGGCUUGUUGCAAUUCUGAUAUUCACUGUACACAAUGUGAAAAGAGAGUCCGAAAACCAGUCAUAUGCUGAGAUUCUGCAGCGUACAGUGUUGCUGCAGAAUGCAUUCACUGCUGCCUUUGAGUUUGCUGGAUACAUCCUCAAGAGAUGCAUAGAGCUGCAUGAUGCUACAUCAAGCUAUCUCUUGCCAGCUAUUCUGGUUUUCAUCGAGUGGUUGGCAUGUCAUCCAGAUGUAGCAGCAGGUAUUGAUGCAGAGGAAAAGCAAGCAGGUGCAAGAUCAGUUUUCUGGAAUCAAUUUGUCUCAUUAAUGAAUAAACUUAUUCAGACAGGACUUGCAUCUGCUACUGGUGACAAGGAUGAAACCUGCUUUUUUAACAUGAGUAGGUAUGAUGAUGGAGAAAGUGGUAGUAGGAUUGCACUAUGGGAGGAUUUUGAGUUAAGAGGUUUCUUACCCUUAGUGCCUGCGCAAUUCAUUUUGGAUUUUUCGAGGAUGCAUGCCUACAUGAAUGAUGGAGGCAAAAAGGACAAAGUAUCCCGUGUCCAGAGGAUUCUAGCAGCUGGACAGUCUCUUAUGAAUAUUGUUUCAAUUGAUGAGCAGAGAAUAUAUUUUGAUCCUAGCGUCAAGAAAUUUAUAGUGGGUACAGAGCCUUUAUCAUUCAAAGGUGAAAUAGAUCCUACCUUUUCAAGUCCAUUGGAUUCAAAUGUUACUGAACAGGGAAGUCAGAAUGAGAGUGUGGCUGAUCUUGGAGUAGCAUUAAGGACAUAUAAUCCUGGAGUGACUCAAACCAAGGUACAAUUAUAUGUGGAAGGAGAAGAAGAUGAAGAAGUAAUCGUCUUUAAGCCUACAACUGCUGAGAAGUAUCCGGAUGUAUCUGCUUCGGUGUUGAAUACCUAUGACUUAGUCAACCCUGUACAAGCAUCUUUAGCAACUGAUUUGAUGACUCAUGAGCAUCUUUCUGUACAUUCUGAUGGUUUUCCGAUGUCGGCAGUAUCCAAUGUGAGUUUGGAACUACAUCCAUCUACCACUAAUGUCUCACAGCUACCUUUGCAGUAUGUGAAUUCUGACAAUUCCAGAUGGUUUAUGAAGCAAGAUGCAUUUUUGUCUGAUGGACUGAAAAAUGUUAACAUAACAGAAAAUGGUUACUUGAAUAAGCAUAUGUUGCAAGAAGGCUCAAGUAACUCGCAGCUUAGUUCAUUUGCACCUUUAUUUUCUUUUCCUGUCAGUUUAGGUGCCAACAGCACACUCUCUAGCCAGACUAAAGCUGCAGAAGAUGUGUUUCCAUCUACACUUGAUACUAUAGUGCCUUCAGGAUUAAGCUCUGAUGGCAUGACCAUGAACCUCUCUUCAGCCUUGCCAUCAUUAAGAAAAAAUCCUGUGAGUCGUCCAGUUAGGCACUCUGGACCCCCUCCUGGAUUUAGUUGUAUUGCUUCUAAACAACUGAAUGGAGCAAGUGCUACUUCUUUUGCAAAGGAACAGCAGCCUGAUGUUGAUGAUUACAGCUGGCUAGAUGAUGUUCAAUCUUCAUCAACCAAAGCAAUGGGAACGGCAAACUCAUAUAAUCAAAAUACGCAUUGGUUUCCAUAUGUUAAUAUGAACAACACUACUGCCUCUAGUGCUGCUUCCAGCUUCCCAUUUCCUGGGAAACAAGUAUCUAAUGUGCAAACUCAAGUGGCAGAUGAGCAAAAAUGGCAUGAUUUUCAGCUUUUUCAGCAACUGAAAGCUUACAAUGGGCAGAAGCUUCAGCAACUAAAUCCACAGCAGAGUUUGCCACCUGAACAACAUCAAGCACAAUCUCUUUGGUCUAGCCCAUACUUCGUGUGAAAUUUUGUGAAGAUGACUACUGUGAUGGAUGAAUAUCUUGCAAACAAGGGACCUCUAGCCUGGUGCCUAUCGACUUUGGUUCCACCUUUGCAAACUAAAUGAUGUCAGGUUUAUGUUUGAACAUGGAAAGUCACUGGAGUGCUGCAGAAUGCUCCGAGACUACCAGGCUGAAGAGCAAAGAUGGUCGUUGUCGACUUUGGAGUUAUCGUGAGAAAGUCCAACACAUACUUGAUGGUUCAAAAGUUAAAACGAUGUGAGAUCUUCACGGACUUUGCUCCUCGGUGGCAACCAUUGUUCCACCAUAGAGUUGCCUUACAUGGCAGGCUUCGGUGUACUUCAUCUACCAGCAUCUGGGUUUUAGCUGUUAAAAUAAGGUGUCUACAUCAGUAGUAGGAAGAUAUUGGUCGCAGAAAGAGAUAUGUAACUGCACAAAGUGAUUUCAUAUCGGAGGUUACUUGGUGAUGGUAAUUAAUUCAGAAUGCAGGAGAUGAGAAUCCAUUACUCAUGUUGCCUUAAGGAUACUUUUACUUAAAUUGUUUUAUAUAGUGGUGUGGUUUGCUUUAUCACCUAGCUCAAUAACUUGGAAGACCUCGAACUUCCAACUAGAAUAUCCUAUAUGUUUGCAACAAUUUGUAUGGAUUAUGGUAGCUGCCAUCUCUGGAUUAGUAGUAAUUGCACUUGUCUAUAAGGUA